GAGUGUGCCCAGCAUUACGGUGAAGGAGACGGUCCCAACGACCCCUUCUGUGACGCAAACCCAGAGAUUAUCGUGAAAGUGGAGCCAGAUGAUGAGUCGGCCAUUGGCUAUCCCCAGGGCCUGAGCGAAGGCAGAAUUCCCGGCUACCCCAGCCCAGGCAAUGGGAGCAGGGGUGCCAGCGAGCGGGAGCACCCUGGAGAAGAGCCGGAGGAUGUGAAACCAAACAGGGCUUUGCUGAUGAGAGGCUUAGAGGCUGCUUCCUCGGGCUUGCUCAGGACAGAACCCAGCAUUAAUCACUGGAAAGUGCAACACACUCCGGGAAACAUCACGGCGCUCCAGAGAAAUGUGGUGGCUCCGGAGGGGCUGCAGACAAACCCUGAGCCCAAGGGAAAGGUGCCAACGACCCUGACAAGCAACCCCAGCCAGAAAUCCCUUUCGGCCUCUGACUGUGGGGGGGCCGUGGCCACCAGCACCGAGCCAGUGAAGCGCCCACGAGCCCACGCUGCCGAGCGACCGUUCACGUGCACCGAGUGCGGGAAGAGCUUCCAGCACCGGGGAAACCUCAUCACGCACCUGCGGGUGCACACGGGCGAGAAGCCCUUCACCUGCACUGAGUGUGGCAAGAGCUUCAGCCAGAAAGGCGACCUGAUGCGGCACCAGCGCAUCCACACAGGCGAGAAGCCGUUCGAAUGCAACGUGUGCGGGAAGAGCUUCUGCUCCAAGCAGACCUUCAUCCUGCACCAGCGCAUCCACACCGGGGAGAAGCCCUUCUCCUGCACCGAGUGCGGUAAGUGCUUCAACCGCAAGGCCAACUUCAUCACCCACCAGAAGAUCCACCGCGGGGAGCGCCCCUUUGUCUGCGCCGAGUGUGGCAAGGGCUUCUGUGCCAAGAAGACCUUCAUUCUGCACCAGAAGAUCCACAUCGGGGACCGGCCGUUCGGCUGCUCCGAGUGCGGCAAGAGCUUCAGCCGCAAUGGGGAUCUGACCCGGCACCAGCGCAUCCACACUGGGGAGCGGCCCUUCGCUUGCGCCGACUGCGGCAAGUGCUUCAGCCACAACGGGGAGCUGAUCAAGCACCAGCGCAUCCACACCGGGGAGAAGCCCUUCACCUGCACCGAGUGUGGCAAGAGCUUCAAUCGCAAGGGCACCCUCAUCACCCACCAGCGCAUCCACACCGGGGAGCGCCCUUUCGUGUGCGCUGAGUGCGGCAAGACCUUCAACCUGAAGACCACGCUGAUGAAGCACAAGCGGAUCCACACGGGGGAGCGGCCCUUCACCUGCGUGGAGUGCGGCAAGAGCUUCAAAUACAAGGGCAACCUGCGGACGCACCACCUCACCCACACAGUGGAGCGGGUCUACCCCUGCACCGAGUGCGGGAAGAUCUUCAGCCACAAGAAGGAGCUGACGGUGCACCAGGCCGUCCACACGGAGGAGAGACUCUUGUCCUGCUAUGGAGACGGGGAGUCGUUCAACCCCUUCCUCCAGAUGCACCCGCUCCUACUGUCGGUGCCCCAAGCGAAGUGCCUCUGGAAGCCUUAACGCAAUGUACAUAAGGAGGGAGUUACAGAAAUGCUACAUCCCCUGAGCAGGAGCAAAGGAGGAACAAUACUGUAAUUUAGGGUUUGGACAUGCCAUGGUACUGUACAGUGUGCUGAUGAAAUAACAGGCUCCCUGCCACAAGGAGCUCUCAGCCUGAUGGCCUGCGCUGACGAACCAGCUGUGCAUCCCUAAAGAAAACACAACUGCACAUUCCCUACACAACGCAGCUUGAAUUCAAAUGCAAAGGCUCGAGUCUUACCCUGAAGGAUGCCAAAGCUAUUGUACUAAUUCCAUUUGCUGGGUUAGAAAUAACCCCCAGAGGUGCUAGAGAGAACGUUUGACACGAGGGCUGGGAGAUUUCUGGGAAAGGACCUGUGGUUUAUGGAGCAGCGCUUGGAGGGCAUUGGAAAUGUCACGGCCUGGGUUAACCAAUGUGGGAUCUUCAUCUUACUACUGAAACAAGAGGUCGGUGCUGGCAGGACUCUCCUGUCCGGUUCCUGUGUGGCGCAAACAUGGAGCGUUGUGCUCAUUGUGAUAGUUCUGGCGAAGGUUUCUCAGGGUGUGGAAUGCUGUGCUGUGUGGUGGUGUUUAGGUCAGGCCCUGUGGGUACUUGGGGGGUGGGCGAGACUUUGCUAUUGCGCUGUAGUUAUGGCUUAUGCCAGCAGCUCCUCCGUGGAACUACUGGACAGACAUGAUGGACAGCACCUGUUCCAGCCGGGCCAGUGACAGUCUGGGAAAUAAAAGAAAAUCUCAAUUGAGUGUGGACUUGAGAACUCCAGGUGCAGUGCCCUGGAGCCAUAAUUACUGUAGUGCUGUUUACUUUCUGUACUGACUCUAUUUACCCACCAGGAGUGUGCACUGGGCUUCGCAACGAAGUAUGGCCUGAUCUCUGUCCUGAGAGGUGACCAUUUCACGGAGACCACCUAGAGAUCUUACAGAGAAUCACAGAGUUGUAGGGUGGGAGGGACCUCGAGAGGUCGCCUCGUCCAAUCCCCUGCACUCACGGCAGGGCUAAGUAUUAUCUAGA